AUGCCAAUCGCAACUCUAGAUCCGUACAAGAUCGCGCCCAUUGGCUGUGCGGCGGUCUUCGCUAUUGCUGAGCUCUCGAUCAAUGGCCCAAAUGCGGAGUACGUAUCCAAAGCGCGGGACGCAUAUAUAGAAGCUGCCAACACUAUCAACGACUGGAUGUCUUUCGAAACAACAUCUUCAAAGGAGCAUGAGGAAGAGAAGCUGAAGAUUCAGCUCCCUGAUAUCUACAUUAUGGCGUUACAGCUCAUGUACAGAAUUCACUUCGCGCUUGACAAUUUGUCAGUCGCAUCGAGAGCGGGCCAAUUCAAGGCAAAAGCCGUUGCACUGGUAAAGAAUGAUCCCGAAGUGUGGGAAAAACAGAUGAAAGAUCUGAAGACUUUGGCCGAGACACUGACUAGGAUGAGAAAACGCAUCAGUGAGAGAGCCGCUACCAACAAGGAAGUCGCCGCUGCACUCAUGUGGAUCAAGAAGAAUGACGACCCUGAAGAUGCGCUGAGUAAGAUCGAAAAGGACAUAACCUCGGGCGGUCGGUCCAAGAAUUAUGCGCAAUGGUUUCUUCACACGCUGGAAUACCAGACCUGGUUUGAAGCUUUUAGUCAUCAAUUUUCAGAUGAUGCACAGCCUGGAGAAUCUCAUCCGGCACGUGUACUCUGGAUCAGUGGCUUUUUUGGCAUGGGGAAAAGCACUAUCCUGCAUCGGAUAUUCCUAAGUCUGAAAGCACUUGAGAGUAUGCAAGUACUGGAAGAGCCUAUACGUGUCAUCCAUUACUUCUGCCCUACCGGAGGCACCCAGAGACCUGAUACUGAAACGGUCGUACGAUCGCUCAUAUGGAAGCUUUCUUGGAAAUUAGACCGCUCCAUAGCUCCAUUGGCCUACGAAUUCUACAAGAACUCGACUACGGGACCUGAAGUGAAACUGUCCAUUGAAGUGUGGCAGGACCUCCUCGACAAAGUCAUCGAUGACUGCGGAGAAUCGGCAAAGAUUGUAAUUCUUGUGGACGCUUUGGAUGCUUUCACCGAACCAGAAGAAUGGGCGAAUUUCCUUGAAAUCAUGGAAACUAUCGCACAAGAUCAUCCCAACGUUUUCUUUGUCUUCUCAUCUCGCCAAGUUGUCAAAGUGGGCAUCUAUUUCGCCUCACCAGCUCUAGUGAAGUAUUCAGUGGAGCCACGAGAUACUGAACAUGAUAUGAAGAUAUUUGUCGACAGGGAAAUCGAUUGUGCAGGGCUUAGGCUUAGUGCCGAAUCUAAGUCGAUAUUCUUCGAAGAAGACCAGAGAGCACUCCGCGAUGAGAUGAGGGAACUUCUCGUGAAACAUGCAAAAGGAAUGUGA